AUGGCUUUUCGACCACGGUCGGUGGCUCUGUUUCGCCAGGGUCGCGGUCUUCGCUCAAUGCUGGGCCGGACUCGUGGCUUGGCGACUGUGUCGGACGGCACACAAACGUAUGAUGUCGUCGUGAUUGGUGGUGGUCAUGCUGGGUCGGAGGCAUGCGCUGCCGCUGCGCGCUCCGGAGCGCGCACUGCUCUGGUAACGCCCUCGCUCGCGAACAUUGGCGUGUGUUCGUGCAAUCCCAGUUUCGGUGGGAUUGGCAAGGGAACAAUGAUUCGAGAGGUCGAUGCGAUGGACGGUGUUGCGGGCCGCAUCAUUGACAAGGCCGGGAUUAUGUUUCGAAUCCUGAACCGCUCCAAAGGACCGGCUGUCUGGGGCCCUCGCGCGCAGAUCGACCGCGAUCUGUACAAACAAUAUAUGACGGAGGAGCUGGUUGAUACAAAAGGGUUGAGCAUUGUGGAAGGCAAGGUCGCCGACAUCGUGGUCUCGAAGGAGGGUAUGGAGAACACCCCCGGCACCCAGGGCAAGAUUGUUGGUGUCCGAUUGGAAUCCGGCGAGGUCAUUCGCACCGGACGUGUGGUUAUAACGACAGGAACUUUCCUUGGUGGUGAGAUUCACAUUGGACUGGACAUCUUUCCGUCUGGGCGCAUGGGCGAGGCGCCGACUUACGGCCUGAGCAAGUCGUUACGCGACGCAGGCUUUCAACUAGGACGUUUGAAGACCGGGACGCCGCCUCGGUUGGAUAUGAAAACAAUUGACUUCAAGGGUUUGGAGGUGCAACCUGGUGACUCGCCUCCUCAGCCUUUCUCAUAUCGCAAUUCGACUGUCCAAGUCGGCGACGAGGGCCAGCUUACAUGCUGGAUGACCCACACGAACGAGUCUUCUCACGAGAUCAUCCGUGCCAACCUAGACAAAUCUGUGCAUAUCAGGGAGAUGGUGCGCGGACCGCGGUACUGUCCAUCGCUGGAAUCGAAGAUCAUUCGAUUCACGGACAAGCCCCGGCACCAGAUCUGGCUCGAGCCAGAAGGGUUUGCGCCCAACGACGUGGUCUAUCCGAACGGCAUUUCCAUGACCGUUCCUGCAGACGCACAGUACGCCAUGCUGCGAACAGUGCGCGGUCUCGAGAAUGUGAAGAUGCUGCAGCCAGGCUACGGAGUGGAAUACGACUACAUCGAUCCCCGCAAUCUGCAGCCCACUCUCGAAACCAAGCUGAUCGGCGGGUUGUACCUAGCGGGCCAGCUCAACGGCACGACCGGGUAUGAAGAGGCGGCCGGGCAGGGUAUCAUCGCCGGCACGAAUGCCGGACUCGCGGCGCAAAACCGGGCCCCGCUAACUCUCACACGGUCCGAUGGGUUCAUCGGUAUCAUGAUCGACGACCUCAUCACGAAGGGAGUGUCGGAACCCUAUCGGAUGUUCACAACCCGAAGCGAGUACCGUAUCUCGACUCGAUCGGACAACGCAGACCUCCGACUCACACGCAUGGCCCGAGACGCAGGCGUCGUUUCAGACGAGCGCUGGGACCAUUUCACCGAGACAGAGGCCCAAAUCCAUGAGCUACAGUCUCUCCUCGCAAACACCAGGCUCUCGUCGACCGCAUGGUCCCGCAAGGGCUUCAAGAUCCGCGCCGACACCUCGAUCCGCUCGGCGCUCGAUAUCCUGUGUCUCGACGGCACCGAGAUCGAUGCCUUGAUCCCUCACAUCGACGGUGCGCGCAGAUCCGCAUACACGGCGUCCUCGUUUGCACCGGAUAUCCGCGCGCGUGUCGCCAUCGAGGGCCGCUACGCCCCUUAUGUGAAGCGACAGGAGAAGAUGGCGCAGCGGUUCCAGCAGGACGAGAACUUGGUUCUGCCUGCAGAUCUCGACUACGGCGCGGUCCAUGGCCUCAGCCACGAAGAGCGCCAGGCGCUCGAGCGCGUGCGGCCCGUCAGUGUUGGCAUGGCGCGGCGCAUCGAGGGCAUGACGCCGGCGGGGGCGCUUCGCUUGUUGAUGCAUGUGCGGAAGGGCAGCGGGUUUGCUCCGGAGUUAAGCGUUGAUGAGGACUCUGCUGUUGCAGGUGUUUUGCGGUCGUCGCCUUGA